CCAAUAGGUGCAGUUUUUUCUAACCUAUAAAAAAAAUCAAAAUAAUGUCAUCAGCCACGGUGCCCCUUUUGGACGAUGACACAGUGCCAUUUGGUGAGGAGGAGAAUCUUGAUGGAGUUCCACAGAAGAAGUAUACACAUCCCUACAUAACAUUCUUCCACAUCUUCUUUCGUGGCGCCUCCGUGGUUACCUACAUGCUGUGCGGAUGGUUCAGUGAAUCCUUCAUCACGAGCUUCGUGUGUGUUGUACUCCUCCUCUCGGCAGACUUUUGGACAGUGAAGAAUUUAAGUGGACGCUUCCUGGUCGGGAUGCGAUGGUGGAACUUUGUCGACGACGACGGGGUGUCUCAUUGGGUAUUUGAAUCCCGGAAAAAUAGCCAAGUUAGCCGUGUGAAUGCACACGAAUCACGAAUCUUCUGGCUAGCGCUGAUUCUCUUCCCGGUGAUUUGGGGUGUCUUCUUUAUCAUUGCACUGUUUGGGCUGAAGUUCAAGUGGCUCCUGCUCGUCCUCAUUGCCCUGGCACUCAAUGGGGCCAAUCUUUAUGGGUAUGUGAAGUGCAACUUUGGUGCAAAUAAGAACAUCAGCAGCGUCACGACGGAUUUCGUGCGGACGCAAGUGCUUAAGAGCGCCUUUGACAUGAUGUCCCGUCCGGGAAGUCAACCAGCUGCGAAUCCCCAGCCUACUGGGAUCGUCUGAGGCAUUCCGUGUGUAAGUUUUUCUUUUUUUUUGUGAUGUUGUCUUAAGCAUUAAAAAUAAAUUAAAUCAUUAAUUUAACGUGAAAAA